CCGCACUUCAUGCCUUUAUAGAGUGACGCCAUCUGACAACACCAUUUUAAUUUUUAGUGUGUUCACUACGAUUCAUCCACAUAACAUUUCUUUUCCCCUCCAUCUCUCUCUAUAAAUCCUCUCCCAUUUCCCUCCUUCCCUUCACUGUUCCAUCCCCUUCAUUUUUUGCCGUUUCUUUCUUUUAUUUCUUUUUUCUCUCCAAUUCAAUUUCCUUCAAUGGCCGAGGAAUUUCAAGAAUCCGAGAUAAUCUUCGCCGACAGCAAUGACAACUGCUUCGAUUUCAAGGAGAUGAUUGUGUCUCCGGCGACGACGGUUAAGUCGAGCAAGAAAAGGAACAAGAAGAAGAAGAAGAUGGCGAAUUCAGUGCCGGUGAGUAUUCCCGAGAUCUUCAGCCGGUUUAGGGAUAACGAAGACGAUAAUCAUCAGGCUGUUGAAGAUGAAGAAGAGGAGGAAUGGAAUGAUGAAGAUGGGGAAUUGGUUCCGCCGCACGUGAUCGUAGGGCGGAGAAUCGCCGGUCAGAUGGCGUUCUCGGUGUGUACGGGCAAUGGAAGAACUCUUAAAGGGAGGGAUUUGAGUCAAGUCAGGAAUUCAAUUCUCAGGAUGACCGGAUUCUUAGAAACUUGAUUAAUUAAUUAGACGCGGUCCAUUUUAUUAUAUUUUACAUUAAUUCUUAGAUGUUGAGAGAGAAAAAAAAAAAUUUGAGGGAGAUGUGGAGAAACUGUUUUUAAUUUCCCUUCUUACGUUCUCCUUGUAAUUUCUUUUUUUUUUAAAAAAAAUUUACAAAAGAAGAAAAAUCUCUAAUGUAAUAAUUAGUUCCAUAUUCAAUAUUAUUGUAAUUGACAAAAAAACAAAAACUGGAAAUUAGAAAUUUUAGAAUAGAUGGAUUAAUUUUUAUGAUGAUUA